GCUGAUGUUCGUUCGAUCAAUACGGGGCGUUGCGGCACGAAACGCUCUAGAGUAACGCGUCACGUGGCUUAGCCCGUCCCAUUCUGAUUGUGAGAGUGAGUCUCCCUAGCAGGAGGAGCCUUGUGUUCCCACCACGUUCAAUUUUUCCUUUAUUCUCGGUUAUCUUUCAUGAUCGCGAGUUUGAAACACGCCGAAAAACUUUCAACAAAAUCGUUCGCAACAACCACCGACCAUAUUAUAUUUCUUCUUUCCUUAAAAAGGCAGCAUUGAACUCGAAAGGAAAACCGACAGGAUGAUACAGAGAACAUCAAACACACCACACGAGUCAACAUGUACGCUCAAUUAACAUUAAUUUGCAUCAUUGCAGUAGCAGCUGCGGAUCCUAUUCCAAGGCAGCUAGCUUUAAAUCCUUACACUCCAAACGGUCGUAUCGUCGGUGGUGAAGAUGUUGAAAUCGAAGAAGUACCUUACCAAGUUUCUCUACAAGCAUACGGUUUUGGUUUUUGCGGUGGUAGCAUCAUUGCUAAAGACUGGGUGCUUACCGCAGGACAUUGUAUAAUAUAUUCGGCGGACUCGAUGGUUGUACGUGCUGGAACAACCACAAAGAGUUCAGGAGGUAGUCAACACAAGGUAGCAGAGAUCAUCAGACACGAGAACUACAGGACCAACAUGAAUGGUAUUCCAGAAAACGACGUUGCCUUAAUUCGUGUAGCAACCCCAUUCGAAUUGGAUGCAAAACGUCAGCCAAUUUCCUUGUUCGAGUUUAACGAAGAAUCUGUUCCUGGAGUAAAAGCUACGAUCACUGGUUGGGGUGCAAUCUAUCAAGGGGGUUCAACUUCGGAAACUCUUAAGAUCGUCAAUAUUCCAAUGAUUUCUAAAGUAGACUGCAAUGAAGCUUAUUCUUCAUUCGGCGGUGUUCCAGCUGGACAAAUCUGUGCCGCUUAUCCACAAGGUGGCAAAGACGCUUGCCAAGGUGACUCUGGUGGUCCUCUUGCUAUCGAAGGUCGAUUGGCUGGUAUCGUAUCUUGGGGUAACGGAUGUGCGAAGAAAGGAUUUCCAGGAGUUUAUACCGAAGUUGCUGCUUUCCGUGACUGGAUCGAUUCCAAACUCAAACCUUAAAUUCAAUACUGAACCGACAAAGUAUCGAUCGACCAAUAAUAUUUUUCUUAUUUGUUUUUUUCUUAUU